UAUGAGUUUAAAACAAUAGUAUUGCAAUGUUAUACUAAUAGCUAUGAAAAUAAAAAUAUAUGAGGUAACCUUUGGAAUGGUUAUGGUUAUAAACUCAUUGUUACAGGUGCGCUCUAUACUCUUUGGUCAAACCUACAGAAUGGGUUCCGAUUAAAGUUAAAUAAUAAUUUCACUUACAAACGCAAUUUAUUUUCAAUAUCUGAAAUCUGCCAAUGGCUCGUUUGAUGUGCCGGUUAAAAGUAAUUGUAUUUUUUUUCAUUCCGUUAAGUAUCGAUGUGUGAUCGGAUUUUGUUUAUGUUGGUUAUGUUUUGGAAUGUUCAAUUUGGAUUUUAUAAGUGUUAUAAUGCUGUUAAACGUAGUACCAGAGUAUUUUCAAUUAUUUGGAGGUUGAAAGAAAUUGGGAAACAAAGGCAACAGUUGGCUAAUAUGAAUUGAGGUAAGAAAGCAUAACAGUAAACAGUAAAUGGUCAGCAGUUUUGUACAGGCUUUUGUAAUGCUGGUAAUUUUGUUGAGAUUUUUCUAAAUAAAAUAUGGAAGAGGAAGAAUCUUCUGAAGUAAUUAAUUGCACAACCAUGGUGGAAGUCACCACACCUAAAGAUUUGGGUGAAGAUGAUCUUGUUAGUUUAGAGAAAACUAUUCAAAUAGAAAAUAGUUCACUGAAAACAAGUCCAACAGAGCCUGUGGAAGCAAAUAAUCCUCCAGAAAAUUUAGAUACUAAAAGGAGGAAAGCAAAAGAGGAGAAACCUCACUCUAAGAUUGUUGUUAGAAGGUUACCACCAACAAUGACUAAAGAAAUGUUUUUGGAUCAGGUUUCCCCUUUGCCCGAAGUAGACUAUAUGUACUAUAUUCAGGGAGAUACCAACAAUGGAUUUAAUCCAUUUUCAAGGGCUUACUUGAAUUUUAUUAACCAAGAUGAUCUGUUUUCCUUUUCAAGGACUUUUGACAACUAUGUGUUUUUGGAUGUUAAAGGCCAAGAAUAUCCAGCAAUUGUUGAAUUCGCUAUGUUUCAACGUGUUCCGAAACAACGACCAAAGAAAAAAGAUCCUUUGAUGGGAACAAUUGAAUCUGAUCCUACUUAUAUUACCUUUAAAGAGAACUUAUUAGCUGAAGCCUUAGAAAACUCAAAAACUGGAGGAAAAGCAGUCAAGCAACAUUAUUUCGAAACUGAAAUUUCCACUGCUGAGGAAGUGAAUACCACUCCAUUGUUAGAGUUUCUGAAGGUUCGUAGAGCAGAAAAAGCUCGAAUUCGUGAAGAGCGUAGAGAGGAGAAAAAAAGAAAGGAACUUGAAAGAAAGCUGAAGCAAAAGACGAAAGAUAAGAAGGGAGAGGGUGAAGAUGAAGAACCACCCAAAGAACCUAAAAUCCAACAUAAACCCUCAGAAAAAGACCAUGAGAAGGAGGUGAUCAUAGAAAGAAAUAAGCAAGUAGGUGAAAUUGAAAAAUUGGGAAAAGAAUCAUUCGAUAAAUCGAUUGUUGUUAAUGUAAAAAAAGAAAGCGAUGAUAAACCAACUGUUUCACAGGAUCAAAAGUUUUCUAUUUUCGUUAAGUGUGAGAAAGAUAAACUACAAAAUGAAAAUGAAUCUCAGAGUAAAGGUAAUAGUUCUUCAAAUGAUGGUGCUGUUGAGUCAAAUGCUGAUCAAUCUUCUGGAGACAAAAAUUCUGUUCCAGAUGCAGAAGUUCAAAAAAUAAAAGAGGCAGAGCAACAGACGAUGUAUUUGAGGAAGUUGCUUGGCUUGCUACCGUCAGACAGUCAGCUAUCCACUUCAAAAAAAGAGGUGCAAACAAAGGAUAAGAGGGAUAACAAAGAACGGGAUAGUCGAAAUGUGAAAAAGAAGGAUGAUAAAGAGCGGGUAAAAGAUACAAGGAUAAGAGAAUUCAAAAGUCGGGGUGGAAAAAGUUACCAGGAGGAAAGGCUCCGCUUAGCAGAAAGAAGAGAGGAACAAAAGAAGAGAGACCUCUUAAAUUCUGGAGAUAAAAAAAUAGAUACUGAUCUGGGUGAAGCUGACCCUGGUGAAGGUGCUGGUGAGCAGCCUAAGAUAUUAGAAGAAAAAAGUUCCAGAUUUGAAAAGAAAAAAUAUGAAUACCGAAAAAAAUAUGAUAAUGAUGAUUGGAAGGAUGAAAAGAAAAGAGGCCGAAAUGAUAGGACUAAUAUGAAAAGAGAUGGAAGGGAUAGAAAAGAUGAUUAUAGAAGAAAUCAAGAUAAGAAGGCCAGUGACUCUGACUUGAGGAGGAAAGUUAAAACUUUUAAGAAUACAGAGUUUUCAAAGGUUGUGGAUGAUAAAAAAAAGGCUUCAGCUGUGGUUCAUGACCAAUCUGAAGGGAAAAUGUUGGAAGAUUAUGAUAAAAAUCAAAUGGAAAAAAACGAUAAUGAAUUAUCAAAAGAUAAAUGGAAAAGUGUCGAUGACUUAGUACUUACAUCUACAGUGGAAAGGAAAAAUUCCGACAAAAUUGAAGUCGAAAGUAGUGACACAUUGGGGGCCAGUAAGAAGCGUCAUUCUUCCUUAGAAAAUUUGAGACAUGAAGAAAAAUGUUCUGCAGAACCACCCCCCAAAAAAGUGACACUUCUUCAGAGAGAAAAACAAGAACCAAAAGAAAUGAAAGAUCGUUCACGAAAAGAUUUGUCCAGCCAUAAACCCUUAACUGAAACAAAGACAUAUUCUCAUAAAAAGAAAGAAAGGUUUCAUGAAAAACAAGGAGAAAAUAAAGAUACUACUGAACCAGGUUCUAAAAUGAGAGAUAAAGAAUCAGAAGGAAACUGUACCAAAUCUAAGGAUCUUCCACGAUCUGAUAGACGUAUAAGAAACAAAGAUCGUCCUUCAAUUGAAAUUUAUCGUCCUGGUAUGGGAAAAUUUAGCAAACAGCGUCUUGAAAAAGAGAAAGCUCUUGGGAGCAGUACUGAAGUCGAUUCUCCCUCACACAGUCCCUCCCCUACUCCUAAGGCUAAGGUCGCCACUUGAGUUAAUUAUUAUAAAUGUAAUAUAUAUUGUGUAAAUUGUACAGGAAGAUUUGACUGAAUCAUUGUAAUGUAAUAGUUUUAUUUUUGAUAGUUAUGUUAAAAUUUUUUUAGUUGAGUAUCUUUUUGUUAAAAAUUGGAAAUAUAUUUAUAUGUUUGUUCUCUCAGUCUGCCUCAUAUUGUAGGCAGUAUCAGUCUUUAUGAAUUUGAAUAAAAGAAAUUUGAUUUGGAAAUGUUAAUUUUCGUACUGGCUGAUGACGUUAGUUGUCUAUUAUUAGUUUAAUGUAUAUAUUAUUGAUAAUAAUAAUAGAUUCUUUAUGUGAAAAA